UUAUUCCAAAAUCAGUGGCUGGGUAGGCCUACUUAUGUUUGACUUUUUUUUUCUAUUCCUCUUGUCACACUUGUUUUGUAAGUUUGUGCUAAAUUAGUUAUAUCAAGUGUGAUGCUCCUUUGGUUAUCACAAUUAGUAGACCUAGUCAUAAUGGCGCAUACUAUGCAACUUGGAUAUGAGUCUGAGUAGCCUCUGAGUUGACCUGAUCGUGCAGCCAAAGACAUUAUUUCUUAACCGAAAUAAUUGUAUCACUUCUCUCACCACCAUCCGUAUGAGAGCAGAAUUUAUUCCUCUGCUGAAUGCAUUGAAGUUGCAACCACAAGAGGGCAAUGUACGAUCUUCGAAUGAAAACAUUCUCUACCUUAAUUUUCACAGACAAGCGCACAAUGCCUAUGAGAAUGGUAGACAAUUCUGACUCAAAAUGUGAUCGUGGCUGUAAGGGUGAUUAUAGCGAGUACCUAAGUGGAUAAUUGGUUACUCAGUAGUUGGGCAUUGGUAGCUGUACACAUUAGCCUAAUACAUAGGCCAACGCUAUUGUUUCAAAAGUUUUAAGAAACUGUAGCCCACUUUACUCAUAGCUUGACCUAUAAAACACAUCAGUUUAGGCUACUUUGUGAAGCCCUCGUUUCGGUGUAUCCAAAGGCAACCAUAUGCACUUGCAGAUUUACGGCGAUUGGUUGUUCGUGGGCAUUGGGCAACCCCUCUCUUAUCCUCUUUCUCUCCCUCCCUCCUUCCUUCCCUCUCUGUCUUUCCCUCCCUGUCUCUCUCCCCCCAUCUCUCUCCCUCUCUGUCUCUCUCUUUCGCUGUCUGUCUCUAAAAAGACGGCUCUAGCAGCAUCCAACUUCUUCACGCCUGUUGCAUCUAGGCUACAGGAUGGCACCAUCACUGAAGGUCCUUUGGAAUGUGAAGAAUGGAAUGAUUCUCUGCUUGACACCGCUUCUGCUUCUCCCUCUUCGACUUGUUAUAGGAACAACGGAGGCAUGCUGUGCCUACGUGAUCGUGCUGAUGGCCGUGUACUGGUGCACAGAGGCCUUACCUCUGGCCGUCACAGCUCUCCUGCCUGCUGUCCUCUUCCCCAUGUUUGGGAUCAUGACCUCCAAAGAGGUGUCUAUGCAGUAUCUGAAAGACACCAACCUGCUAUUUGUGGGUGGCCUGAUGGUGGCCGUGGCUGUGGAACACUGGAACCUGCACAAGCGAAUCGCUCUCAGAGUGCUCCUUAUCGUUGGGGUUCGGCCUGCACUUUUGAUGCUUGGCUUCAUGGGAGUGACGGCCUUCCUGUCCAUGUGGAUCAGCAACACGGCCACCACGGCCAUGAUGGUGCCCAUCGUGCAGGCCGUGCUCGAGCAGCUCAACAACCAUGAGACGGAGAUGCCAGAGAUUCUCUCCACGGAGGAGCCCGAGCAUCCAGCCGAGGUGGAGUACAAACAGCCUGGGAAGCAGAAGGACGGUCAGGUGGUAGUGAAUGGGCUAGAUGCAUCAGUGGAGGCUGCUAGGCGGAUGGAGGCCCAGGAGAGAAGGCAGAUGUGUAAAGGCAUGACCCUGUGCGUGUGCUACGCCGCCAGCAUAGGGGGAACAGCCACUCUCACCGGCACCGGCCCAAAUCUGGUCCUCAAGGGCCAGAUGAACCAGCUGUUUCCUCAGAAUGGCGAUGUCAUCAAUUUUGCCUCCUGGUUUGGCUUCGCCUUCCCGAACAUGAUCCUCAUGCUGACCAUGGCUUGGCUCUACCUUCAGUUCGUCUUCAUGGGAUUUAAUAUCAAGAAGACGUGGGGCUGUGGCGCUGAGAAGUCCGAGAAGGAGAUCGCCGCCUACAACGUCAUCCGUGAGGAGCAUCGGCAGCUGGGGCCCAUGUCCUUUGGCGAGCUGAGUGUGCUGGGCCUCUUCAACCUUCUGGUGGUGCUGUGGUUUACCCGUGCCCCUGGCUUCAUGGCCGGAUGGGCCACCCACGUGUUUAACUCAGAAAAAGAGUACGUGACGGAUGCAACAGUGGCAGUCUUCAUCGCUGUCCUGCUUUUCGUCCUCCCCUCAAAACCGCCACAGCUGAAGUUCUGGCUUAAUACAGACACACAGGUCACACCUACUCCUGUUCCCGCCCUGCUCAGCUGGAAGGUGGCCCAGAAGAAACUGCCCUGGAACAUUGUGCUCCUCUUAGGUGGAGGGUUUGCCCUGGCCAAGGGUAGCGAGCAAUCUGGCUUGUCUAAGUUGAUGGGAGAUCACUUAACCCCUCUACACAGUAUUCCUCCCUGGGCCAUUGUCAUCAUCCUUUGCCUCCUGAUCGCCACAUUCACUGAAUGCACCAGCAAUGUGGCCACUGCCACCCUCUUCAUGCCUGUCCUGGCUUCCAUGUCCCAGUCCAUCGGAAUGAACCCACUGUAUGUCAUGGUGCCCUGUACUCUCAGUGCUUCGUUUGCCUUCAUGCUCCCCGUGGCAACCCCUCCCAACGCCAUUGUAUUCUCCUAUGGCUACCUCAAGGUCUCCGACAUGGCCAGGACGGGCAUAGUGAUGAACAUCAUUGGAAUCAUCUGCAUCACGCUGUCCGUCAACAGCUGGGGGCGGGCCAUGUUUCAUCUGGACUCCUUCCCUGCCUGGGCCAACGUGACCGCCGUGUGAAGGGCAAAGACCCAUGGGAAAGCACACAGGGGAGCUGCUCCUCUUCUCUUUAUCACCAGGGGCCUGAGAGGAAUGAGGCGCCACUAGGAGACUCCCUGGCUCAUGGGGGAAGGAAGAGGCUCCAGAGGCUGUUUGGUCUGCUGUGGUGCCACUCAGUCAUCAUUAGCAGCUUGCGUAGUCAGUCCUGUAGGAUUGUGUUUAAUUUAUGUAUUCUAGAUGUAUUUUUAGGAUCAUUAAUAUAUCUGGAAUUGCCUAUGGAAGUAUUGCCAAAUGGUGAAAGAUUUUUACUGGGUUUCAACCAGGUGUUUUUUUUUUUUUAUUCAGUGACAUUUAGACUUGGAGCAAAGCAUUUGAAUAAGAUAUAUAUAUAUAAACGGUGUCUACACAGUCAUGUUACUAUAAUAGGUUUUGUAGGGCAGACUGAAACCUCUAAAAGCUUUGCUUCAAGGUUGCACUACAUGGGAAGACUUACACUCCAGUAUUACUCUCCCUCUCUCAAGUCAGUCACAUUUUAUAAAUCAAGUAAUUUCCGUCUUUUAAAUCAUUUUUACAUGUUGACUAUGUGGACUUGGUGCUAAAUGUCUCAACGAUUCUGUACAAUAUCUACAUUGUUGAGUAUGUGCCUUUAGGACUUGGUGCUUAUCAUUGGACAUAAGAACCAGCACAAAUGAAGCCUCAACAUUGUGUUUUACACUCUGUGUUCACCAGUACUGUGUUCUUAGAGUUGUCUGUGUCUUAAAGUAAUUCAUAUGGGUUUUCUGGCAUUACAUUUUAAUUAACUAACAUAAUUAAUCAAACUACAGCCACAUCUGGAUAUUUUCAUUAGGUUUCAAUGCACAUAAAAUCCAUGUAUGAUAUUGUAUGAAGAAUGGGUAUGAGAGUGAUAUGAUUAUCCCAGUUUUACGCAAUGCGAUGUGCAAAAACUGCACAAAGGUCAUGCUGUGAAUAUGUUGUGCUGUGGAUAUUUAUUAUGUACAGUAUAUACAAUGUCUCAACAGACAUUGAGAUGUUGCCAUUUUGAAUAGCAACUAUCAAAUAUGAUAUGAAAAAUGAUCCAUCAUGAUUCCAGUCCAUCAUGAUUCAGUGUCUGCACUUUAAAAAACAUUUACAUAGAAUGGUUCUCCAAAACAUUUACAUUUUAAAUUGGGCAUACAUGAUGUACGUGUCAUGUACAGCAAUCAUUUCUAUGAUUAACUUUUUUCAGAAAGUUUGAUUCUACAUAAAUAAAUGGUCCGCUCUGAACAACUAGACCAAGCCAAAACAAAUCAGGUGCUCAAUCAUAAAUGUGUGUGAAAGUAAAGUAAAAGAUGUCAGCUUCAAUCGAGUCACCUAAAGGUCAGUUCUAAUAAAUCAUUCAACCACUGACUU